AUGCUGGGCAAAAUCCUCUGGCUGCCGAUCAAUCUGUUGCAAGCAGCGUAUUUGGGGGUGUGGUCGAUCGGUUGGAUCCUGGCCGCGCUAGUAGUUCGGCUGAUCGCCCGCAGUCCCGAGCCGGCGCUGGCCACCGCGCGGAAGUUCUGGGCACCGGGCUUGCUCUGGGGCGGUUUGAUUCGGCUGGAGGUCCGUGGGCUCGACAAGGUGGACUUCUCGCAACCGGCGUUCUUCGUCAUGAACCAUCGGUCGCAGGUCGACAUCGUAGUGGCCUUUCACGCUUUGCCGGUCAAUCUGCGUUUUAUCGUCAAGAGCGAGCUGCGCAGGGUGCCGGUGCUAGGCCGAUAUAUUGCCGCGAUGGGUAUGAUCUUCGUCGACCGCGGCCACCGCUUGCGGGCGCUCGACAGCGUUGCCGUGGCGACCCGCUUGCUCCGGCGAGGGCACUCUUUGUUUGCCUUUCCGGAAGGUCGCCGCUCGCGCGAUGGACGGAUCCUGCCGUUCAAGACCGGGGUCUUGCUGCCCGCCAUCGCGGCCGGCGUGCCGGUGGUACCGAUGGCUCUCGAAGGGGCUGAUCGGGUGUUGCCGCCGGACGGCUUUGCGCCUCGCCCCGGCACGCUGCGGGUAGCGAUCGGCGAGCCGCUGGCGACGACCGAUCUAGAGGCUCGCGACCGUCGGGAGUUCGCCAAGCGGGUCCGCCAGCAGGUCGUCGCGCUCCAUGAGGAGCUGGUGGCGGAAGUACGGCAGCGUUGA